CUCGUGGCAUCGCUCAGCAAACUCGCUCGGAUUGACGCGCUUCCCACUUUUUUCUUACGUCUAUUUUCGUUCUGAAUUGAAAUUCGGAACAACGAAUGUAAUAAUUAUUGGGAUUCGGGCCGAGAGUAACCUUUUCGUGUGCCGACGAUAGUGAAGUGACGAUUCGAGCAAAAUCGAAACUCGGAGCGACCGGAUUAUUGGAGAUUUUCUUUCGCCUCGUCGUUAAAUAACGAAAGAAAAGAUAUAUUGGUGAAGUGCACGAUUUAAAUAUAAAAAUAAGAAUACGUGAAUUGUGUGCUGCCUCCCAAAACUUGGAUUAUUGGGAAGGUGGCGAACAUUUGAACGAAACGAUACUUUCAUCAUGCUCGUCGAAGAAAUGCCGAGAAGCUUCGUCAAAAAGAACAACAGCUACAGUCACUGCCCGCUCAAGAAGCGGCCGGUGCACGUCAUGCUGUACGACGAAGUUCCAGAAGUUGUCAAAGAAGAAAUAAUCGAUGUCGUGACCGACGAUAUUCCGGAGCCGGAGAAUCUCUCGACAAAGCCAGAGGAUCUGAGCAAGGCGUCGAAGAAUCGUGCGACGUCGCCGGCGAGCACGAGAUCAAUUUCUCCGGCGAUGGACAUCGAGUCAGCAGCAACACCGAACGACAUCGUCGACCGUUUGCCAUUGAUUCAUCAUCAGCAUCACCAUCAGCAGCAACAGCAGCAGCAGCAGCAGCAGCAGCAGCACAGUCUCCAUCACAACAACGAGCUGCAUCAGAACGAUUCGAUGAAUCCAUCGACGUACCAUCAUCAAUUGUAUCCUCCAAAAACGCCAAGCCCGCCGGUGGUGAUGGCCCCGGUGUAUCCGAUCGUGAAGAAAGAGCGUCUCGAGAUAAUCCAGCACGACGGUGGAGCUGCUUCGACAAGUGCGGUGGCUCCGUCAGCCGGACAUUUUAUCAGUGCGAAUAAGACGCCCCUCGAGCCGUUGAACCUGAACGCUCCGAUCGAGCCGGUGGCGCAUUAUCCGACUCCGGCCUGGGCCCGAUCAGCGCCGUUGUACCCGCCUCACUAUCUUCCUUACCCGGCGGCGUACCGUUUCUCGCACCAUCAUCAUCAUCAUCAUCAUCCAGGAGCCGAACUUUAUCCUUCGUAUCCGAUCGCCGCUUAUCCUCACUCGUCCCCGGAGCAUCCGGCAGUUUCGCCGCCACCUCACGUCGCGCUUACUUGUCCGACGAUCCAGCGUCCGAUCGCCCGGAGUUACGCUCACUGGGCGAGUUCCGCGAGCCCCGAUCAUUGCGGUCUCUCACCGACGAGUUCUCUGGGCUACGGUUCCCUGCGUUCGCCACCUCCGGUUACACCGGAGGAUCUUUCCUCCCCGGGAAGUGACAGUGGGCGUUCGUCGGCGGGUAGCACAUCCGCAGGGACGAGUCUGAUCGGAAUGAAGAUCGACGGCAGCCACUCGUCGUCGUCGAGCCAGCUGGUGAAUUCGGCAAGUUCCUCGUCCUCGUCGUCCUCCUCCUCGUCGACGACGUCGCCCCGCUAUCAGUGUCCCGACUGCGGCAAGUCUUACUCGACGUAUUCCGGACUCUCGAAACACCAGCAAUUCCACUGCGCCGCCGCCGAAGGCCAAACGAAAAAAUCAUUUUCUUGCAAGUACUGCGAGAAAGUAUACGUCAGCAUGGGCGCCCUUAAAAUGCACAUACGCACUCACACCCUCCCCUGCAAGUGCCACCUCUGCGGCAAAGCCUUCUCGAGGCCGUGGCUCCUCCAAGGACACAUCAGAACUCACACCGGCGAAAAACCCUUCAGCUGUCAACACUGCAAUCGCGCUUUCGCCGACCGCAGCAAUCUCCGAGCUCAUCUACAGACGCACAGCGACGUUAAAAAGUACUCGUGCACCUCGUGCAGCAAAACUUUCAGCAGAAUGUCUCUCCUGACGAAACACCAGGAAGGCGGUUGCCCCGGAAUGGCCGUUCCCAUCGGCUACCCCUGUUGAUUCCUCACUUUUAUUAACCGACCUCUCUCAACGCUAUUAAAACCACUACAAAAUUCGUCUUAUUCGAGUGCCUUACCAACACAGUUAACGUUUAGUGACACGAGUACAAAGUCGCGUUUCGAGUGCGUUUCUCGCCGUGUAAAUAUGUAAUUUAUCAUAAAAAUAUUUUUACGACCCCCCACUUGUGCACGAAUUUAUCAACGAGGACUUUUACUUUAUACAUUUUCGAACAUUUUUUAUCCCUCGAAGGGGACGAGCUCGAGCUAAUCGGAUUUUUUUUUUUUUUUUUUUUUUCUAGUGACAACGAUUAUUUGUACUUAGGGUAUCGUGUGUGCGUGUCUCUGUGUGUGUGUGUGUGUGUGUGUGUGCGCCUUUCACGGAAAACUCUUUAAAACGACCGCUUUCUUUUUUCACGUACUAUUUCUAUCUAUUUUUUUUUUUUUUUCUAUAUUCUACGCCGUUUGACGCGGUUGCCGUGAAACUCUCGUGCCAUUUCAUCAAAAACAUCCCAAUUCGCGAUUACGCAUAUUUUUUGUCCGCGCACUCUCUUUUGACAAUUUGCGAGAAAAAGGAAAACAUAUUUUAUAAUUCCUAUAUAGCCUAUAAAGAUAUAUUGAAAUAUUAUAUAAUGUCGAUUCACGAGGAGGAUCGAAAGUAUAUUUUAAUAAUUUAUGUUCCUAGGCUUAAGUUUGAUCAUUCGAGUCGUGACCUCCCAAAAAUCGUGCACCAAAGUGUCCUGCGAAAUCAGCACGUUUAUAAAUCUUUCAUUUUUCUUUUUUUUUUUUUUCUUUAUUCGUUUCUAUUUCGUCGAUUCAUCGAAUACUUCGAUCUUGAAAGGUUAUCAAUGUUCCAGACUGUAAAUAGAGAAUCGAGGCAGGUGCGAGGGAUUAAUGUUAUCCGAGACUCUAAAUAUCGAUAUACAAUUAAGUAUUAAAGGCACUGAGCUCGCGACUUCCGUCGCGAGCUCAACGCCUUACUGCAUCUCAAAAGGAUCCGUCAAAGACGUACGGAAAAGCCAGAUUUUUCGAUGAUUUUGUUUAGCGCUUAUAGACCCUUUUAAGUUACUCGAUGAAACUAGUCAUUGUAUUAUACUAUAAAUAUAUUAAAUUUUAUUAUAUAUAUAUAUAUUUACGUCGAGAAUAUAUCGACGAAGGUGCAGAAGAGAUGAGAAAGAGGCGUGAGAAGAAAAAUUCAAUAAAAAUACGACUCGUAACGAGUUCCUUUAUAAAAAAAAAAAAAAAAACAAGAAAAAACAAACGAACAAAAUGUUUUUAUUCCUUCCAUAUUUCACGAGGCCAUCGAUCGGUUUUUCCGUCGGAACAUUCAAAGUGGUGCCGUCUCUCCAACUUGCCAUACUAAUAUAGUUAACGCUGCUUAAAGUUCUCACUGAAAAUUCGAUACAAUUGCUGACGAAUAAGAAGCUCAUUUUGCUUCGAGUGCGUCUCGAAAAAAUCACCUUUUUUUCUCAUCGUUUGAUCACGUUUGCGAUGACACAUAUUUUGGAAUAAUUAAACGAGAAAGCUCUCGCUAAGAGGCAUACAAAUUAUCGUCUAUAUAUAUUAGAGAUAGUAUUUUAUACGAAAUAAA